AUGGCACACUAAACUAAAGUGAACCUUUCGACUUUAUUCCUGACAAACAACAACAACAACCAAAAAGAAUAUAUUAGCGCAUUUACAAAAUUUUUAAUACAAAUCUUAUUUAGGAAAGGACGACAUUUUUGGAGAAAAUCCAUGUAAUUACUCAACAAUUGGAAAAUCUAACGGAAAUGUUCGCGCCCUAACUUAUUGUGAUAUUCACAAAAUCCACAGGGACGAUUUACUAGAUAUAUUAGAUUUGUAUCCGGAGUUUUCUGAGAGCUUUGCUAAUAACCUUACUUUGACGUAUAACAUGCGGGAUGAUUUUCAAGCUGGAGUUGAAGUAAAGCAUAGAUACCUAAGAGCUAAAUCUUUAGAUAGAGAAAGAAGUACGAGCGAUAUAACAUCCAUAAGAAUUUUCGGUAUGCAUCAAAAAAAUAAACCCAAAAACAAUUCAUGUCCUGUGAAGACCCAAAACAAAGAUUCUAUAAACGAUGGAAGGGAACCAUCAAACUAUCAAUUUGAUAUUCAAAAACGGGAUGAUAUGGAAAACAUGCAAGCAUUUUAUAAAAAUACGAAAUCCAGGCCAGCUUCACUAACUCGACACAAUUUGCCCAAGAAUAGCUUACAAGAAAGCAACGUCCAGGAAUUAAUCAACCGAAAUCAUAAAGUAAAAUAUAUUAACGAAAUAAACCUAUCGACAUUCGAGAAACAAAAACAGCGAGCUACGUGGAUUCGUCAAAACAAAUUAGCUAACAGUACUGCCCAAGAAAAAAUAUUACAAGAUGCUUCUUUCUAUCUUGGUCAACAAGGAAAUACCAAUCACCCAAGGGAAGGCGUCAAGUGUUUUGAUAAGGUAAUACCUACUCCGAACGCCACGAUCGCUACAACGGAAUCAUGGGAUGAUCUAGAUAGUGUGUGAUUGCCUUUUAUUAGUUCCAUAUACUGUUGACGGAAGAAAAUAACUUAAAUAAAAAUUAAUUGAACACAAAUUACGUGUGAUAUGAGA